UGCGCGCUGAUUGGCUGACGGUGAGGUAUUCCCCGUUCGGGUUUCCUCAGUCAGUGUCAGACGAUAUUUUCGACUUGUGAGAGUUUGACGUCUUUUUCUCUUUUUAAAGAGAUAUUCUGACGAAAACAGUCACCAUGUCGGGAAAAUAUUGGCUCUUCGGAGUGCUGUGCUUGGUUCUGGCUACAGCUACAGUGUAUGCUGAUGAUGAUGCCGAUGCCACAGUUGAAGAUGACAUUGGCGACCACGCAGAGGGGUCCAGGACUGACGACGAAGCCGUUAAGAGGGAAGAAGAGGCCAUCAAGUUGGACGGACUAAACGUGGCGCAAAUUAAAGAAAUGAGAGAUCGGGCAGAAAAACACGAGUUUCAGGCAGAAGUCAGCCGUAUGAUGAAACUCAUCAUCAACUCCCUCUACAAGAACAAGGAGAUCUUCCUUCGUGAGUUGAUCUCCAACUCCUCCGAUGCUCUGGACAAGAUUCGCUUCCUCUCACUUACCGACAAGGAGGUUUUAUCAACAAAUGAAGAACUGACCAUCAAAAUCAAGGCAGACAAAGAGAACGGCGUCCUGCACGUUACGGACACUGGAAUCGGCAUGACCAAGAGUGAGCUGGUGAACAACCUGGGCACUAUCGCCCGGUCUGGCACCAGUGAGUUCCUCAACAAACUGGCAGAGGGCACGGCCGAGGAACAGAGCGCUCUGAUUGGCCAGUUUGGUGUGGGCUUCUACUCCUCCUUCCUGGUGUCUGACCGUGUUGUGGUGACCAGUAAGAACAACGAUGACAUCCAGCACAUCUGGGAGUCUGAUGCCGGCUCCUUCAGUGUGGUGGAGGAUCCACGAGGAAACACCCUGGGCAGGGGAACCACUGUCAGCUUGCACUUGAAGGAAGAAGCUCAGGACUUCCUGGAGCCCCACACCAUCAAGGAGCUGGUGCGGAAGUACUCCCAGUUCAUCAACUUCCCCAUCUACCUAUGGACUAGCAAGACAGAGACAGUGGAGGAGCCCAUCGAUGAUGAAGAGGCUGAGGAAGAGGCAGAUGAGGAGAAGAAGGAAGAAGAGGAGGAUGAGGAUGCUAAGGAUGAGGAUGAAAUAGAGGAUGAAGAUGAGGAUGGAAAGGUUGAAGAGGAUGAUGAGGAGGAAGAGAAGAAGCCCAAGACCAAGUCUGUGGAGAAGACCACCUGGGACUGGGAGCUGAUGAACGAGAACAAGCCCCUCUGGACCAGGCCGCCUAAGGAGGUUACAGAGGAGGAAUACAAGGAGUUCUACAAGUCCUUCUCCAAGGACUCGGAUGACCCGCUGGCCCACACCCACUUUGUGGCAGAGGGAGAGGUCACCUUCAGGUCCAUCCUGUUUGUACCCAAGACUGGUCCCCGUGACAUGUUCCAGGAGUACGGUAAGAAGGUUGACUACAUCAAGCUGUUUGUGCGACGUGUGUUCAUCACUGACGACUUCCAAGACAUGAUGCCCAAGUACCUGUCCUUCGUCAAGGGCAUGGUGGACUCAGACGACCUCCCGCUCAACGUGUCUCGUGAGACGCUACAGCAGCACAAGCUGCUCAAGGUCAUCAAGAAGAAGCUGGUCAGGAAGACUCUGGACAUGAUCAAGAAAAUCGAUAACGAAGAGUACCUGGAAAAGUUCUGGAAAGAAUACAGCACCAGCAUCAAGCUGGGAGUGAUCGAGGACCACUCCAACCGUACCCGUCUGGCCAAGCUGCUGCGGUUCCAGUCCUCCCACUCUGAGGGGGAGGUCACCUCGCUGGCAGACUAUGUGGAGAGGAUGAAGGAGAAGCAGGAGGCCAUCUUCUUCAUGGCAGGAACCAGCAGGAAGGAGGCCGAGAGCUCUCCGUUCGUGGAGCGUCUCCUGAAGAAGGGUUACGAGGUCCUGUACCUGGUGGAGCCUGUUGAUGAGUACUGCAUCCAGUCCCUGCCCGAGUUCGACGGCAAGAAGUUCCAGAACGUCGCCAAGGACGGGCUGAAGAUCAACGAGUCCGAAAAGGUGAAGGAGCAGCGUGAGGAGAUGGAAAAGGAGUAUGAGACUCUCCUGACGUGGCUGAAGGACAGUGCACUGAAGGAUCAGAUUGAGAAGGCCAGGCUGUCCGAGAGGCUCACCGAGUCCCCCUGUGCCCUGGUGGCAAGCUCUUACGGCUGGUCAGGAAACAUGGAGAGAAUCAUGAAGGCCCAGGCUUAUGCAAGGUCAAAGGACAGCAGUCAAGAUUUCUACGGUUCACAGAAGAAAACCCUGGAGCUUAACCCCCACCAUCCACUGGUACAAGAGCUGAAAAAUAGAGUGGCUACUGACCAGGAGGACCAGACAACAAAAGAGCUAGCCCAGGUCCUGUAUGACACGGCCGUGCUGCGCUCUGGCUUCAUGCUGCAGGACUCUGCUGACUUCGCCAACAGAAUCGAGCGCAUGCUCAGACUCAGUAUGAACGUCGACCUCAAUGCAAAGGCUGAGGGAUGGGAGGAAGAUGAAGAAGAGGAAGAGGAGGGUGAUGAGGAGGAAGGAGAGGAUGUAGAUGCUGAGGAGGAGGAGGAUGCAGAGGAGGGAGAUGCUGAAGAGGCUACUGAGGAAGAGACUGGGGGAGAUGAGGAUGUUAUUGAGGGAGAAGAAGCUGCUACAGAAGAAGUAAAGGAUGAGCUCUGAUACCACUGACACCUGCUCAUCAUCCUGUGUACAUUUUUGAACAAUGUAAAAAUUCAGAGAGACAGUACUAGUGCUAUUGAACCAGGCUUUGUAUUUUUGUCAGGCAUUUUGUGAUGGACUGAAUUUGACCAUAUUUUUUCGUACCAGCCUGGUAGGGAGCUUGGAGUAUAUUUGUCUUGUGCAGAGCUUGGUACGUACAAAAUGUAUUUGUGCAAAUGCAGCUAAAAAGAAUCUUCAAUAAGCUUAUACUAUCCUGGUGAAUAUGCCAUCGUCUUUUACAGAGAAAUUAAUUAAUUAUAGUAAAAAGCAGGGAGUGGUAUUCUUUGUGUACAUCAUGUUUUUAUGUGUUUCCACCUAACUUGUGUGGGAGAUAGAAAACUGGAUGUCAUUCUUAGGUACUUGUUGCAUAACCCUGUAACAAAGAUGACUUCAGGUUUUCACUGGACAUGUGUUUGUGACCAUCCUAAAGGUAUAUUACUGGCCUGCAGUACGUUGGUGUCUUCACUGCGUUCCAAAUUGAAUAUCAUACAAAACGUACAAGUAUGACUAUACUGUAAAAAGAUGUUUUUUAUUGAUGCAAUUCGUUGAGCGCUCUGUACGCCAACGUACCACAGGUUCAGUGAGAUGCCGACUUUACUUAUCCUGUAACUUGUGUCAGAUCUACGUCAACUCGUGGUCACUCAAGAAGCCAUUUCGAAAAUUAAUUUGAAAAUGCAUGACUACAUUGUCACUGAUGAAAAGAAUGUAUUUUGACAAAUACAAAUAUAUCUUGUGACAUGUUAUAAGAAUUUCACAAACCACCUUAAUUUUGAUCACUUUUGAAAAUGUUAAGUUGGUGUUUCUGUUUACAAUUCUUUGUUUUUACUUGUUACCUUGCUCUAUAAAGACUGUCAAAGAAGAUAUUUAGUUUAGGAUGAAUGGGUAAUUAAUUAUAAGAUGGGAAAUUUUUGGUGCAAGCAGCUGUUGGGUAUAAAAAAAGACUGCCAGAAAAAAAGCAUUCCAUAAAUUUAAUUUGCCACAGACCCAAUCUUGUACAUUUCUGGAGUACUUAAGAAAAUAAAUGUGUACUUCAAAACCAAA